UUGUUUUCUUGGUCAUUUCAGUUGUCGAGUGGCGUUCAACGAGAGAUAACGCACACAGUGGCUACUGAUCUUCUAUAAAAAGGUCAGCAGUCGUGGCGAGACGAUUCGUAAGAAAACAACGCGAGAAAUAAACUGAAUACAAGUAGUCCCCAAAAAAAAUCUCGAGAGACAAACAAAGAGGGAUUAUUUAUAAUUUUCUUGCGUUAGAUUUUGUUGUUUUCUUCUAUUUUUUUGCGUGUUGUUUGGACGUCGUGGGCAAGGAAAGAGAAAGCGGCGGUGGCAGGACGCGACGCCUGGCGUCCCGACGCUCCGGUGCGAUUAGACGCGCUCCGUCACAUGCGGAGAGUUACAAACGCGAAACGCAUUGCGGACCGGAGCUAUGUGCAAAGUAUGCCAGUGGUUCGUCGAUGUUGUGCUGAAGUUCAUUGAAUUCAUCCAUCCAUCUGGGUGUUGUUGUUAUUAUAUAAGUUAUUGUUGCUGGUGUUGUUGAGAGGAGAUUGGUUGUGAUGUCUUCGGAGACGUCCCCCAUGUCUUCGACGCAGGCCUCUCCGAAGGUGAGGCCCAGGAAGCAGCUGGGCUGGGCACCUCCGACCCUGUACAUCCCUCCGCCGCAGGGGCAGUUCGCUGGUUUUCAGGGUGGUGGUGGUCCGUACAGCGCUCACAGCGGUGUGUCCAGUUUGAAUAUGGGUGUCCCACCUGGUGCGGCGCAUCGUGGCCAGAAGGGCGCAUCCGAUUUCAUGUUCAAUCAGUUCAACGGUAUAAGGGAUUUCACGAUGAGCACGGCAAAGUCGGGAUUGGGAAUUGGUGAGAAAAGUGCUUUCUGGAUAUACAACAAAGUGAGCUCGUGGAGCAAACGGUGGUUCACGCACAUCUUCCUCACCUUCGUCAUCGUUGCGUACACCGUCGGAGGUGCUCUGAUGUUUCAAACUGUCGAAGGUAGCAUCGAGGAGAAAAUAGUGGAGAUCGACAUCAGAGCGAAGAGGACGGUGUUAAUCGAAGAAUUGAGAAACUUAUCCAUAGAGAUUCCUCGGGAUAAAUCUGUGGGAGAAUGGCACGGAAUAGCAACGGCGAAGAUUCAGGACUUCGAGGAUUACGUGAUCGAAGCGUACAAGAACCAUCAGCUAAUUGUCGCGAAUCACGGCCCGAAGAUCUGGACGUUUUGGAACGCCGUUGUUUACUGCAGCACAAUUUACACGAC